AUGCCGCUCACCGACGCCUCCGUGGGGCGGCCGGCACAGUACGAGCCACCUCCACUCUACCGCAUCCGCGCCACAUCGCUCUUUGACGCCGGGCUGCAGCAGGGGCGCAUGGCCGGCACUCGUAUCCGCGGCUGGCUCAGCACGCCCGAGAUGAAGGGCCUGAGAAACUACACGGACAGAGACGGUGCGGCCGGCUUCGCGCAGCUCAAGCGCGACAACGCUGCCACCUUCCCACAGCUGGUCCGGGAGCUGGAGGGCGUGGCUUCGGGCGCUGGCGUGCCGCCCGACGACAUCUGGCGAGCGACGAUGAUCAACGAGCUGGAGAGCCUCCGCUCGACUGCGCCGGGCGCCUGGCACGCGGGGCACUGCUCGGACGUGUACGCAGUCCCUCCCGGCGGGUACAGCGCGGGCUUUGCGCACGGGCACAACGAGGACUGGCCGGGUCCAAUCUGGCAGUACUGGUACUUUGUCGCCUAUUCCGCCGCACCCGGCGCCGACUUUGCCUCGUGCGCCGGCGCAGUCUACCCGGGUGGGCUGCUCGGCUGGGCCGCGUCUUGGAAUGCGCGGGGGCUCUACCUGACGCAAAACUCGCUCUUCCCGAAGCGCAACCUGCCGGGCGGCCUCUCAUCUGCCUUCGUGCAGCGCGCGGCGCUCUGCGGCGCGGGCGGCGGCGAAGCGGCGGCGGGCAGCUUGGACGAGCUCGUCGGCGCGCUGUCCACGCCUCGGGGCGGGCUUGGUUGGUCUUCGGCCGCGUCGCUCAACUUGGUGCACCUCGACAAGCACGCGAGGCGAGAGGUGAGGGAGGAGGAGGUGGCGGGCGAGGGGCGCAGCGGCGGCGGAGGAGCGGCAGGGGCCGCUAACUACUCCCACUUCAACGCCUUCAAGAGCCUCGAGGUCGGAGUCGCCGACGACCCGGAGCCCUCCUCGCGGCACAGGCAGGCGCGCGUCGACGCACUGCCGCCCGUCCGCAGCGCGGCUGACAUCAGGUCGAGGCUGAGCGACGCGCGGGACGAGGCCUUCCCCAUCUACCGCAACAUGACGCUGCACACCCUCGUCCUCGACGGGCCGACCGGCCGGCUCGACGUGUGGUGCUGCGGCAGGAGCGCGGCACACGGCCCGCCCGUCUACCAAUGGGAGCUGCUCCCCUCCUCGCCCUUCUUCGGCUUCGCCGAGCGUCUCCCGGCGCGAGCCCGAGCCGCGAGCGCCGAGCCGCGAGCGGCGGUUACGGCUUACGCGGUUUGA